CCUAAAAUCAGAAGAGCGCUCCCUGCCGGUGUCCUUCCGCCACAGCGCCGAGAGGGACUCUUUGGCGGGGCUUUUGGGCGCCUCAGAGACGCGGCGGAGGAGGAGGCGGAGGAAGAGGCCUUCUUUCCUUCUUUCUUUCCUUCUCCGGCGGAGGCACGAUGUCCCUGGUAGAUUUGGGAAAGAAGCUGUUAGAGGCUGCACGAGCAGGACAAGAUGACGAAGUUCGCAUUUUGAUGGCCAAUGGUGCACCUUUUACUACAGACUGGUUGGGAACAUCUCCACUUCAUCUAGCAGCACAGUAUGGGCACUACUCCACCACUGAAGUGUUACUUAGAGCAGGAGUAAGUCGAGAUGCCAGAACCAAAGUGGACAGGACUCCAUUGCAUAUGGCAGCUUCUGAAGGCCAUGCAUGCAUAGUUGAAGUCUUACUCAAGCACGGUGCUGAUGUAAAUGCAAAGGACAUGCUGAAGAUGACUGCUCUCCAUUGGGCUACAGAACACAAUCACCAAGAAGUAGUGGAACUCUUAAUAAAGUAUGGAGCAGACGUCCAUACGCAGAGUAAAUUUUGCAAAACAGCUUUCGACAUUGCGAUAGACAAUGGAUAUGAAGACCUAGCAGAAAUACUACAGAUUGCAAUGCAGAAUCAAAUCAACACAAACCCAGAAAGUCCUGACACUGUGACGAUACAUGCAGCGACACCGCAGUUCAUCAUUGGACCUGGUGGGGUGGUGAAUCUAACAGAUGACACUGGAAUGUCUGCUGUCCAGUUUGGUAAUUCCUCAACUUCAGUUCUUGCAACCUUGGCAGCCUUAGCAGAAGCUUCAGCUCCACUGUCCAACUCAUCAGAAACACCAGUUGUGGCUACGGAGGAAGUAGUGACUGCAGAAUCCGUGGAUGGUGCAAUUCAGCAGGUUGUGAGUUCUGGAGGUCAGCAGGUGAUUACCAUUGUAACGGAUGGCAUUCAGCUUGGAAAUCUCCAUUCAAUUCCAACCAGCGGAAUGGGUCAGCCCAUUAUUGUGACCAUGCCAGAUGGGCAGCAAGUCCUUACAGUACCAGCAACAGACAUUGCUGAAGAAACAGUCAUCAGCGAAGAGCCGCCAAUGAAGAGGCAGUGUAUUGAGAUAAUUGAAAACCGCGUGGAUUCAGCAGAAAUAGAAGAGAGAGAAACUCUACAGAAACAGCUGGAUGAGGCCAAUCGAGAAGCGCAGAAGUACCGGCAGCAGCUUCUGAAGAAAGAGCAAGAGGCUGAAGCUUGUAGGCAGAAGUUGGAGGCAAUGAAUCGCCUUCAGACGAACAAAGAAGCUGUUUGAACGGCUGAAUUGAAUAAAGCCAGUGAAGGAAACUGCUGUACAAGACGGACCUGUGUUUCACGUGGGUGCAAACCUAGGAUUACAUACUAGAGAAGAUGUUAUGGACUUAAGCCGUGAGUUCGGGUGAAUUUCUUGUAUCAUAAAAAAGAUCCUCAGAAUUUAGACAUUUUUUGUGCAAAAAUAUUUAAAAAGAAAUACUGUAAAUAGCGGGGUUUUUUUACCGUUCCCAAAUUAGUUGCUUACUCUUUUUGAAGGGAUCCACAAACAUGCAAAAGCCAAUGUUUUUUGUGACCUUUUUUUAGUACGAAACUGCAGAAAUACAGAACAGUUUUAAGGGUGACCAUUGUUGAUUUGCACUGACAGUGCAGAAACGAAUUAAUUAUGUGUCAGAGCCAACCCUGAAAGAUAGCAACUUAAAAAAAACAAAAACCUUUUGCGUAAAUACUUUUCCAAGUGGAAAUAAUUUGUACAGCUUUAAUGAAGUGGUUGCCCAGAGUCUCUUGAACUCUUUUUUUUAGAACAAAAAAAUGUAAUUUUUUAAUAUUUAAUUUCUGAUAUAUUUGAUUAGAUUGACAUGUAUAUGAAGCUGAUAUUUUUUAAACUUUUCGGUUUGUACAUAUGCUGCAUGUUUUUUUUUAUAUAAUUUCUAUAUACAUCUUACAUAUUUUUCAGGAAAGAGGAGGGAAAAUUAUGAGAAAAAAAAAGUCAAACGUAUAGAGAAGGCAUGGUCAAACUUGGACCCUCCGGGUGUUUUGGACUUCAACUCCCACAAUUCCUGGCCUCAGGCCCUUUCCUUUUCCCCCUCAGCCGCUUAAGCGGCUGAGGGGGAAAAGGAAGGGGCCUGAGGCCAGGAAUUGUGGGAGUUGAAGUCCAAAACACCCGGAGGGUCCAAGUUUGACCAUGCGUGCUAUAUAGCAGCGGGGAGGGAGGCAAACUGAUUGUUUUUUGGUUUUGUUUUAAUUGGAAUUGGCAUUUCUUUGAGGAAUGUAACCAGGCAGAUGAAGAAAACCAAAACCAGUAUUUAUUUAAUAUGGGAAUUAUUUGGGAUAAUAAUUACAUUAGGAGCUUGAAAUAAUAUUUCCAGUCUAACAGCUCUGGCCCAUGUUUCUGUAAAUUGGCACCAAACAAAGUGCCCAACCAGCCUCCUUUAUUGCGCUGUAACCCAAAAUGGGCCCCAUUUUGUCAGCAUUUAGGGCAGUGGUUCUCAACCUGUGAGUCCUCCAGAUGUUUUGGCCUACAUCUCCCAGAAAUCCCAGUUGUCAGGAUUUUUGGGAGUUGAAGGCCAACACAUCUGGGAAUCCACAUUUUGAGAACCACUGGUUUAGGGUUAAAGAGAAGUUCCCCUCUAUGAAAUCAAGAUCAUAAGCUAAAUAUAAUAGUUAUAGACCAGUGGUUCUCAACUUGUGGGUCCCCAGAUUGGCCUUCAACUUCCAGAAAUCCUAACAGUUGGUAAACUGGCUGGGAUUUCUGGGAGUUGUAGGCCAAAACAGCUGGGAAACCACAGGUUGAGAACCAACUUCUUUAUAGACCAAAAGCAGGUAUGGAUGAGCUGUGCUCACAGAACCAUUUGCAUGAAAACAACAAUGUUUGUAUCGCAUUAGCUAUGCAGACGGCUGAAGAGAGAGGGGAGAAUAAGCUGCUUGACAAGAAAGAAUCCAGAUAUUUGUAUGAAAUAGUUAAUAAUUCACUUCUUUGCUUGUAAACCCAUCAGAGUUAAAUGGGAGUCACUACUGUGUGGCAUGGAAAGAUGGUGGAGGAAAAAGGGUUAGUUAAGCAGAAACCAACUUUUCCCAUUGUGGUCAACUCUGAAUCGCACAUAUGGUAGUUUCUGUGCCUGAGCAGACAGCUUCGGAACCUUCUAGAUAGAGUUGAAAACUAUUGAUCCCCUCAAAAAGUGCAACAUUCAGACGAAGUAGCAGAUUUUUCCUCGUUUGUCUGUCCCCCAGGCACAACAAACAUAACGAAAGGCCAACGUUGUCUGAAUAGCUCGCUGAGCAUGAGGCAUAGCACUUAAAGGCCGAAGUGGCUGCCAUGACAGUUGAAAGGAGAAUACUUAAAGUCAGAAGUCCAGGAAACAGACCAGGUCAGAGUCAGAGAGCGAUAGACAGUCCGGUUUAGUCAGUCAGGCAGUCCAAAAAAGCUAGUCACACAAAUAAAGGUUCUCAGCUGCUGACAGAGCGGCGGAUGAAGAGAACUGAGGCAGUUGCCCCGUCCACUGGCUACUUAUACUCACAAGCGGAGAAUGGGCGGGGCUAACCGCCAGAAACGUUUUCAAAUCUAUCUAGAAGGUUACGAAACUGUCUGCUCAGGUGCAGAAACUACCAUAUGUGCGAAUUCACAGGUGACCACUCGGGAAACUAUGAUUACAGGUAAGCAACCUAUAUUGAUCUGAGUUCCUUCUCUCACUUUUAGUCCCCAUCUAUGCUGCGAUAUAAUGCCAUUUCAGAAUACAGCUCAAUGCAGUUGAACUGCAUUCUGAAAUUGCAUUAUAUGGCAGUGUAGAUUGAUCCAUAUUAUUCUCUUUUCAGGCACCAGCAAUAUAA